UUUUGUUGCUCGGUACGCAAUCCGCUUCCAUUGUCUUCACCAUGAGAGAGAGAAGAUAGAGCAAAGUGAAGGAAACGUAUAGAUAAGGAGAGCCUAGAUGUGGAGAAAAUCUCCAUUUCUGUAGUCUCCUCUUCCCAAAUUCCAUCCAUUUAGUAAUAAUACAUUACAACGAAAUACAUGUUGCCAAUGAAUUCCUCCUCUGUAACCAGCUGCUGCUCCAUCGGUUGGAGCUCUUCUUCUGCUGCUUCUUCUUCAAGCUCGUUUUUACAGCUAGGGUUUCUCCCCAAUGGAACUAAGGUUUACUCUAGGAGGAAAUUCAUCCGCAGAUUCCCUAGGGCAAGCUUCUCUUCUGAUCCGCUCUUGGUUCAGGCUGCAAGAGGAGAUCCCAUUAAUAGACCCCCUGCGUGGAUGAUGCGCCAAGCAGGAAGGUAUAUGGCUGUUUACAGAAAGCUUGCGGAGAAAUACCCAUCAUUCAGAGAGAGGUCAGAGACAACUGAUCUCAUUGUGGAAAUUUCUUUGCAGCCAUGGAAAGCUUUUCGUCCCGACGGCGUUAUUAUUUUCUCCGACAUACUUACUCCUCUACCAGCAUUUGGUGUUCCGUUUGACAUAGAAGAUGUAAAAGGCCCUAUUAUUCAGUCUCCAAUUCGUUCUCAAGAGGGUCUGAAAACAUUGCAUCCCAUUGACUUGGAGAAACUUCAUUUUGUGGGGGAAUCUCUAAGAAUUUUGCGGAGGGAGGUUGGGGAAAAAGCAGCAGUGCUGGGUUUUGUAGGAGCGCCAUGGACAAUUGCAACUUAUAUUGUGGAGGGGGGUACGACUCGCACAUAUACAACCAUAAAAAGCAUGUGCCAUACUGCGCCACAUGUAUUGAGAGCUCUUCUCUCUCAUCUGACGCAGGCAAUAGCUGAGUACAUCAUUUUCCAAGUAAAUUCUGGAGCUCAAUGUAUACAAAUAUUUGAUUCAUGGGGUGGACAGCUACCACCGGAUAUGUGGGACCGCUGGUCAAAACCUUAUAUCAAAGAGAUAGUGAGUACAGUGAGGAAGAGAUGCCCUGAAACUCCACUAGUCCUCUACAUCAAUGGUAAUGGUGGCCUUCUUGAACGCAUGAAAGGAACCGGUGUUGAUGUGAUCGGGCUUGAUUGGACGGUUGAUAUGGAAGAUGGAAGAAGACGGUUGGGAAGUGAUAUUGGCAUCCAGGGAAACGUUGACCCAGCUUAUUUAUUUUCCCCACUUCCAGCAUUGACAGAUGAAAUUCAAAGGGUCGUGAGAUGUGCUGGGCAGAGGGGGCAUAUCCUUAAUCUUGGGCAUGGUGUGCUUGUGGGGACUCCCGAAGAGGCUGUUGCUCAUUUCUUCGAUGUUGCAAGGGGCUUGAAAUAUGACACUCUCCACGAAGAUAGUGUUGCCGAGGAGUUUGAAUCUGUAGCUUGAAGACAGAUUGGGACAUGAGUACAUGAAGUUUUGCUUCGACCAGCAGAGGUUAUCGUAUUCAUAUCAAUUCGAGCAAUUGUAAGGACAAACUGCAGCUCUGAUUGCGCUAUUGCAGUUCGGUUCGUGGGUUUUCCAGCUGACCUUUCCUCCCACCAAAAGAAAAAAAAGAAAAAAAGAAGAGAAAAGAAGAAGCUCUGUGGGCAUGCAUAUGAACAUGUGAUUUUUUCCUGUUCCAAUAUAUCUCUGUAAGUGAUGAAAAUGCUAUAAUCCUUUUUCCGAUUCUUGCAUGGUUUCUUCAAUUAGAAAUGGAUCCUAAUUCUUUCCUGUUAUUAGGAAAUGAGAAGUUUUUUGA